CUCACCCUGAAUCUGACUUCUCUGUUCUUUUGCAUUUUCAAAGACAUAGUUCACUUCAUCCAGAACUAACAACUCCGACACAAAAUAUGUGCUCUUUUUUGAAGCCUUGAACGUCUAUUUUGCAGAGAAACCAGAGAGGCCGUAAUAUACAUUUGGCCUUCAUGUAAAAACGUCGUUAUAUAUGACGGAACAAAACAAAAGCAUGAUCCAGUAACGGACUCCGUUUAAACUCACAUCAUAUAUAGUCAUAUAAUAACCUCAUUAUUAUCGAAAUUCUAUUUUAAUGUAUACACACAUUUAUUAUAUAUAGCCACGAGUCAGCCCACGACCAAAACAAAGGAGGAGGAGGUUUGUUCAAAUAAGCAAGGAAUCAUUUCUGAAAUAUCAUCAUCUCCUGAUCGAGUGUUUUUCAUAAGAUUUGUAGACUAAAAAUGGGGUUUAAGUUGAGUUCAAGAGAUUUAUCAGGAUUCAAAUGUUUGAUAUGUCUAGGGUUUAUAUAUUCCAUCAUGUCAUUAUUAGCUUACAUGAUUAUUCAUACAAAACAUAUUAAACCACUUGAAAUUGAUGCUCCACUUGAUCAAUUCUCUGAAGCUAGAGCUAUUCAACACGUUACUGUCUUGUCUCAACAAAUCGAUGGUCGUCAAGAAGGACGUCCAGGUUUAAUGGAAGCGGCCAGGUAUAUUAAAUUGGAGUUAGAGAAGUUAGCGGGACGAGCUGGACCGGAUAUUAGAAUUGAGAUUGAGGAAACGGUUGUUGCUGGUUCGUUCAAGAUGUUGUUUUUAGGUCAUAGUAUCGCGUUUGCUUACAGGAAUCAUACUAAUAUCGUGGCAAGGAUUUCAUCCACGGAAUCAAGAGAUACUGAUACAUCAGUUUUAAUAAAUGCUCAUUUCGACAGUCCACUAGGUUCUCCUGGUGCUAGUGACUGUGCUUCAUGUGUUGCAUCAAUGCUUGAAAUAGCAAGACUCACUGUUGAUUCUAGCUGGGUCCCUCCUCAACCUGUUAUUCUUCUUUUCAACGGUGCAGAAGAACUUUUUCUCUUGGGUUCACAUGGCUUUGCCAAAACUCAUAGAUGGCAAAGUACUAUUGGUGCUUUUAUCAAUAUUGAAGCAUCUGGGACUGGUGGUCUAGAUUUAGUUUGCCAAUCUGGACCUGGGUCCUGGCCGUCUCUAGUGUAUUCUGAGUCUGCCGUGUAUCCGAUGGCACAUAGUGCCGCACAGGAUAUUUUCCCUGUUAUUCCUGGGGAUACAGACUACAGAAUUUUAUCUGAAGAUUCUGGUGACAUUCCUGGGCUUGAUAUCAUCUUUCUUCUUGGUGGUUAUUUCUAUCAUACAUCCUCCGAUACUGUGGACCGACUAAUACCAGGAAGCAUGCAAGCACGAGGAGAGAAUCUGUUCAGUUUGAUAAAAGCAUUCACAAGCUCAUCUAAACUGCGAAAUGCUCGUGAAAGAGCAAGUGAGAUCAAGGAUGAUCAGGACCGAGCUGUUUUCUUUGAUUACUUGGCCUGCUUCACGGUAUACUAUUCAAAAAAGACAGCUCUGAUACUUCACAGUCUUCCUGUUGCUAUCUUUCUUGUCAUGCCCUUCCUAUUGCAUUUCGAGAACAGUGGGGUCCGUUCUUGGUUUAGAACUUCCUGUGACUUUAUCAAGGGAAUGCUUUUCCAUGCUGUCGGAGUUAUAUUUGCAAUCUUUAUUCCUGUUCUCUUUGCUAUUUUAAGAUUGCUUUUCUCUAGCCAUGCAAUGAGUUGGUUCGCUCAUCCGUGUUUGGCUUUCUUGAUGUUUGUUCCCUGCUCACUUGUUGGGUUGCUGAUUCCAAGAAUUAUUUGGAGACGCUUUCCUCACUCUCAAGAUGUUUCCGUUCUUAAAACAUCAACAGAGGUAGAGGCGCUAUCUGAUGAAGCAAGAUUCUGGGGGGCUUUUGGAUUAUAUGCAGUCAUCACUUUGGUUUACCUGUUAGCUGGCUUGGGCGGAGGGUUCUUGUCGUUCUGCUUGACUGCUUUUAUGGUUCCUGCAUGGAUUAUGUUCUGCCUAUCAAACAAAUAUUUUGGUUAUCUAUCAUUCAAGUCAUCUAUGAGCUACGUGAUACCUCUGAUUCCUUGCCUUGCAUACUGUGUUUACUUCGGGGGGUUUCUUAUCCAGUUUGUGACCGAGAAGAUGGGUAUGAUGGGUUCUCUUCCAUCUCCCUAUGGAUAUUUUGUUCCUGAUAUUGUAGUAGCAGUGUUAGUUGGUUUUGUGACAGGAUGGUGUGUGGGACCAUUGAUCCCUGUUGUUGGCAAUUGGUUAGCCAGAUCAUCAGUUGUGCAGUUCUUGCUGCAUAUAACCGUGUUGGCUUUGGCACUGUCUUCCCAGUUUUUCCCAUACAGCACAUCUGCACCAAAAAGGCUCAUAUUUCAGCACACAUUUGUAACUACAGAUGGAAGGUCAGUUGCUGAGUCCAGUUACGAUUUUUCAGUGGUAGAUUCAAACUCAUUGUAUUUCCUUUUCAAAUAUGCUCCUGAAGUAGCAGAAGAGCUGCAGAUCAGUUCAGAGUUAUCUUUGGAAAAAUUCCAGGAGUCAGAUCGGAGAACUUGGAUGGUGCUUUUUCCAGUAAAUUUCUUGUUUUCAGGAAGCUUGAAGUUCCCCGAUAGAGGUGAUGAUAUCUUAAAGCAAUAUGCUCAGUUCCCUCACCUGACUCAUAGAGAAACUACAGUUUCUGGUACAGCGCGGAAAGUCCACUUGGAACUUUCAUUAGGUUCUUUAAAGGAGGUCUGGGUUUCAGUGCUUAACAUUACAGGUCCUCUGUCAAAUUGGUCUUUUGCUGACAAUCAGAUUACAGAUCCUGAAACAGUGGAUGGUGGUCCACCGUCAUAUAUUUGUAGACUUAGCGGAGUUGGUAACGAUGAUUGGAGUUUCUGGCUUGAGGCAAACAGUUCUGAAGCUUUAACGGUGAACCUUUCGGUACUAGACCAGUAUAUGGUAGAUUCUUCGAAGAAAUUAAAGGAUCUUUUUCCAGAUUGGGUUGAUGUUGUUGCUUAUUCAAGCUUUAUGUCGAGCUAUACCUUCUAAUGAACUUGUCAUUUAUCUGUUUGCUCAUAGAGUGCACAGGGUGAAUCCGAAAUUGAUCCCAGAUGCACUGUAACACUGGGAUUGAUCUAAAGAAAGAUGUGUUGUAGAAAAUGGAACUGGAACAUUUUGAAAUAUUUGUAACCAUAAAUUAAUUAAGAAAAUGUCAUGUCAGUGCUAUGAAGCAGUCUUUUUUAUUACGUCAA